UCUUCAUUCCUUCGAACCAAAGCAAACGAAAACAACCAACCCUCUCUCUCUCUCUCUCUCUCUCUCUCUCUCUCUCCGCGAUACACAGCAAGUUCAGCAACAAUGGGGUUUGGCGCUGCAACAACGAUGAUCGUCACCAACACCCCCGGUAAAGAUCUCGCUUACACGAACUUGGCCUAUUGUUCCCACUCGGAUCUCCGCUCCUUCUUAGUCGCUGGAUCCCACCUCGCCUUCGCUCAAAUCGACGCCUUUGUCUUGUCUUUAUCCGCCCAUGAAAGCAUACCUAAUGACCAGAUAGCCCUCAAUGCCAUCCAACGUCGCCAUGCAAAAGUUUCUACUGGGGACACAAUAUUUGUGAGCAGGUUUAUUCCGCCUGAUGAAUUCGACCUAGCAUUGCUUACCCUUGAAUUGGAGUUUGUAAAGAAAGGCACAAAAGAUGAGCAGGUUGAUGCAGUUCUUUUAGCGCAGCAGAUUCGAAAGAGAUUUAUCAACCAGGUUAUGACAGCAGGACAGAGGGUAACAUUUGAGUAUCAUGGCAAUGGUUAUAUUUUCACUGUUAAUCAAGCUGUUGUGGAGGGCCAAGAAAAACCAGACAGUAUUGAAAGAGGGAUUAUUACAACAGAGACAUACAUUGUAUUUGAAGUAUCAAAAUCCAGUGGAAUAAAGAUUGUCAACCAGCGCGAAGCUGCUAGCAGCAACAUCUUCAGGCAGAAAGAGUUUAAUCUUCAGUCACUUGGUAUUGGUGGUUUAAGUGCAGAGUUUGCAGAUAUAUUUCGAAGAGCUUUUGCCUCUAGGGUUUUUCCUCCACAUGUGACCAAUAAAUUGGGCAUCAAGCAUGUCAAGGGAAUGCUGCUUUACGGACCCCCUGGUACUGGGAAGACUCUAAUGGCUCGGCAGAUUGGAAAAAUUCUAAAUGGCAAGGAACCAAAGGUUGUCAAUGGGCCUGAAGUACUGAGCAAAUUUGUUGGUGAAACUGAGAAGAAUGUUAGAGAUUUAUUUGCUGAUGCUGAACAAGACCAGAGAACUCAAGGGGAUCAAAGUGACUUACAUGUUAUCAUAUUUGAUGAAAUUGAUGCAAUUUGUAAGUCAAGAGGUUCAACUAGAGACGGUACUGGAGUUCAUGAUAGCAUUGUUAACCAACUCCUAACAAAGAUUGAUGGUGUUGAGUCGCUGAACAAUGUUUUGCUGAUUGGGAUGACCAACAGGAAAGAUUUACUAGAUGAAGCACUUUUGAGGCCUGGACGUUUGGAAGUCCAAGUGGAGAUCAGUCUGCCUGAUGAGAAUGGCCGUGUACAAAUUCUUCAAAUUCAUACAAAUAAAAUGAAAGAGAAUUCUUUUCUUGCUCCAGAUGUGAACUUGCAAGAGCUGGCUGCUCAGACAAAAAAUUACAGUGGGGCAGAGCUUGAAGGUGUUGCAAAGAGUGCGGUAUCAUUUGCUUUAAACCGCCAAUUAAGCAUGGAUGAUCUAACUAAACCAGUGGAUGAGGAGAGUAUCAAAGUCACAAUGGAGGACUUUCUAAAUGCCAUCAAUGAAGUUAGACCUGCAUUUGGAGCUUCGACGAAUGACCUAGAACGAUGCAGACUUAAUGGCAUGGUGGACUGUGGAGCGCGACACGAGCACAUAUACAAAAGAACUAUGCUACUGGCUGAGCAAGUAAGAGUGAGCAAAGGAAGCCCCCUUGUUACUUGUCUUCUAGAAGGUCCAAGUGGCUGUGGCAAGACUGCAACAGCAGCUACUGUCGGCAUUGAUAGUGAUUUUCCCUACGUCAAGAUAAUAUCUGCUGAAACAAUGAUUGGGCUUAGUGAAAGCACCAAAUGUGCUCAGAUUGUCAAGGUAUUUGAGGAUGCUUAUAGGUCACCAUUAAGCAUUAUCAUCCUCGAUGAUAUUGAGAGGCUACUGGAGUAUGUUGCAAUUGGACCUCGGUUUUCUAAUUUGAUCUCUCAAACAUUGUUGGUCCUACUCAAAAGGCUUCCUCCCAAGGGGAAAAAUGUUCUUGUGAUUGGUACUACCAGUGAGGUGGCUUUCUUGGAUUCAGUUGGCAUUUGCGAUGCAUUUUCCAUCACCUACCAUGUUCCGAAACUACAGGCAGAAGAUUCUAGAAAGGUGCUACAACAGCUUAAUGUCUUCUCUGAGGACGAUAUGGAUGCUGCUGCUGAGGCAUUGAAUGAUAUGCCAAUUAAGAAGCUAUACAUGGUGAUUGAAAUGGCUGCACAAGGAGAACAAGGCGGCGGAGCAGCAGCGGUUUACUCGGGUAGUGAGAAGAUCAGAAUUUCUCAUUUCUUUGAUUGCCUUCAGGAUAUAGUUCGGUUUUAGCGUGAAUGCACGCUUCUCACGACGUCUCCUCAAUUUUAGUUAUGAACCGCAGUUUUGUAUAUUUGCUUUAUGGAUAUAGUUUUGUUUUCGUUUCUCCUCCAUUGAUCUCCACUGUAGAGUUUGCCCAAGUUCUGGAUUGCAUUGGGUAUGUUUUCCACGUUUUCUUUUGGAACAGAUUAUAUUAU